AUGUCUAGCUUUGGUGCAAAUAUUGUGGACAAUGUAAGAGAGAGAAACAGAAGCAUGUUUUUGGUAUGGAAAACACCCAUAUGGGUGCUGCUGUUGACCCCCUUAGGAAUCACUGCUCAAUGGGCCAAUUGGCAGAACCAAAACCCACAAAAUGAUAAGGAAAACUUUUACCUGGACUCAAAUGCCGAGUGUAAUAAGCAGUAUGACCUUGGAGAAAAUAAUGCAUACCUACAUGGCCUGGGUGCUCUGAUGGAGCAGCACCCACCCAAAACUUGUCAGAUCACAUUUAGCUCUGAUAAUAUCCGUGAGAAACGCAAGUUCAGGAUAGAGGUCGUUAGUGCCAACUUCAAUGCAGAAGGAGUCGAAUUUUAUAUAUACGACAGUUCUACAACUGAUUCUUUACUGUAUGGCUUUGGGUUCAGAAGGGACAAGCCUGCCAACUUUCAACCACUGUUUACCUCAGGAGGAUUUGUGACCUUCAAGCUUGUUAAAGCUGAUGAAAGUCUAGCCGACUACAACAUAAAAUGUCACAUCGUUAGUGUUCCAGGUGAUGUAAGCAUAGUGGAUGAGUGUCCGGGUGGAGAUGGACCUGGAUGUAAUUACUAUUUCUACCAAUCUCCCAUCACGAAGGAAAUCAUCAUUGGUAUAGUUGGGGGUGUGUUUGGACUCAUUCUUUUUAUCAUUGCACCCAUUGUCAUCAUCUGUUGCUAUCGUAAAUCAAAGGGAGUGAACCGGCGAUGGGACGAAUUUAAGCUUGGCCAGGCUAACACCGCUGCAAACAUCAGCAGCUCCAAAGGGAGUGUGCGGGCAACUUCAAAUGAUACAAAAACCAAAUUGUGGGCAUCACAGAGCUCCAAAAUGGGUGUAUCUAGUUACAAGCCACCUCGUAGCAGGGGAAGGCUGACUGAGGAUGAAGACAGUGUCUUUGAUGAUGGCCCUCCAAGAAGUUACCCUCCACCACCUCCUCCUUAUGAACGGUAUGACAGGUCAGCUCGACGAAAUAGAGAUGACUAUGAUGGACGCAAUCGAAGGCAUGAUCGUUAUGACAGCAGAGAUGAAGAAUAUGAGACAAAAGACAGAUAUAGAGACAGGAAUGAUGAUCGAUUUGAUCGACGGCCUCGGAGAGAAAUGGACAGGAGACGUAGAGAUUCUUCUCCAAGACGAUCAUUUUACUCCGAUUCUAAUUCUGAAAUGGAGUCCUCAUUUGUACAGGCAGAAGAUGAUCACCCUCAGGAAAGAUUUGUCGAGAGGAUAAUCGAGCCUCGAGUUAAGACUAAAGCUAAAGUCAAGAAACCAGUUGAAGAGGAUGUGUAUGAUGAAUUGAGUGAGGAUGUAGAGGCAAUAAAAAAUAGCAGUGUUCAGUGUGGACCAUCAGAUGAUGAAGAUGAAUCAAACACAGAGACCACAGGUGAUGAAACAACAGAGACAGAGUCAGACACAGACAGUGAGAAAAAGGAAAAAGAUCCCAGAAUGGCUUUAUAUUCAAAACCAAAUAAAAAGGGGAAAGUUAAAAAUGGUAAUGCAGUGCAGUCACAGCCGGAUGCAGUUGUGAAUGUGCCUGGUCCAGUCAUGCUUGGCCCAACAAGUCAUCCGAUGAUUGGGCAGCCAAUGAUUGGUCACCCGCUGACCACAGCUAGGCCUCCGAUACCUGGAGUUGUGGUGAGACCAGUAACACAACCACAGUUUGCUCCGGGUCAUUACCCUCCCAUGAUGAGACCAGGAGUUCCAAUGCAGCCUGGUCAAAUGCAGUUUAGACCAGUGCAGCAACCAAACUAUCCAGCAGCUCGACUGCCACAGUCACAAGUUCCACAAAAGUCCCAGCCUCCAAGCAAUCCCCGUGUGGCUUCCAAUCCACCUCCAGAUCCCCCAAUGUAUUCCUACCUGGUCCAGCGUGGGUACACAGGUAGAUAUUCACCAGCCAGUUCAGGAACAGGGAUGAGUAGUGAUGCCCAUGUGCUUAAUCUUACAGAUGACUCCGAGGGUGGGGCUAACCUCCCUAGUGGUGUUGACCUUAUGAAAAGGACCACUGAUGUAUAACCCAAAAGAAAUAGAAUGCCUUUGUAUAGAAGC